GGGGAAGUUUCGAGAUUGUCAGCAGUAUGCUAUGGGAGGUUGGCGUAGAUGCAUGGAGAUUGGAAUAAGAGGACAUUAGCUAGCCAUGCUAUUUGGUUAGCUUAGGAGCGGUAGGAAUGCUUUUGGUGUGUGGCUGGGCUGGUGUUUCCUCCAUUCUUCACAACUUUCCUUCCAACAGUUAUGGGUUUUUCUGUAUCGAAGGUCCACUCUGUUUCAGGCACUGAUCCUGCACGGUCAGUUUCUCGGAGUUCAUUCAAAAAUCAGGCUUUCGCCAACCCCGGAAGCAAGGGUUUCCAAGGUUUACUCCGCAGCCGGUCAGUGGCAUGCUCAGCUAUCGCCAGCGGACAACAGUACACUGCAGGUGCUGAUAGCACUCACCACGGACUCAUAAGGGAUCGGAAAUGAAAGCCGGAGUUGAUGGACGCGAUUAGCCUCGGCGGCUGCACUCGCAACAUGGCAAGGGACUAAAGAUGGACCUCAAAAGGACAUUCUGGAUAAUGAGCUAUCAUUCGCUGUGUCGUACAUAUAUUCCUAGGAUCUUGGACAUCAGUACCAUGUACAUACAAUUGAAAUCAAUCA